GGAAGUUGAAUGCAUCAGCUGGAGAAAAUGGCGAUCGAUAAGGAGGAAGAAUUCCAUUUGACAUCUUAAAUCAUUGUUAAAAUAUUGUUGUUUACAGAUGCCGAAAGACGUUCCAAAUGGAUCAUCAUAAUAUUGUUCGUCAGUUUCAAAAUCUUCGAGUGUACUCAAACUCACGCCUAGUAAGUAUGGAUGAGUUGGUGCAAGAUCUCGCUAAUGCUUUGGAAGAGUCAGCUUCAAAUGUCAAAAGCACAAGUCAUUCAAUCUCAAACAAGCGUCAGUAUAAAAAAAAGAAAGGAAAAAAACGGAGACCCCUUCUCUUGGAUUGUGGGAAUAUUAGUGAGGCUUCGGAGAGUAGCUAUGACGAAGCCCUGAGAGAUUAUUUUGGGAAUCUUACCCGCAAUAGUGACUCAGAUGACAUUGAAAAAAUAACAAGACUAUCAAUGCCUAUCACUUCAAGCUUUAUACCAUCAGUUGAGUCAGAUUCUGUGAACGAGAGCACUAUUUCCCCUCUUAGACCUCAGAGACGAAGAAAGAAGUACAAAUCGAUGGCCAUAGAUUCAGAAACUAAUUGUAUGAAACCUCCUACUGGAACUACUGAUCUCAAAUCCAGACCACCAAAACCCAGGUCUUAUAAGUCUGAUAUGACAUCAAAUGAUGAUAGAGACAUAGUGUUUGGAAAAGAAGAAGAGGUGUAUCCUGGGAAAAGGAAGAGGAGCUCUAAGUCCAGGGGAGAGUACUCUAGUUUUGAUCAAUCGAAGGGUGGUAAAGAUGAAAAUGGCAUGGAUACAGCAAGCAAUAUGGAGAGUAGUUCUGGUCUCAGCAGCAGCGAGAGUGAUGGUUUGCUGACCAAUGAUGAAGCAAGAGAAGCUGAUGAUGAGCACAGUGAUUUUUAUUAUGAGUCGGGACCAGCUUGUGGAAAUCCAGGAAUAAUCCGAUGGUGGGAGAAUGAUUCUGGGGACAUUGAGUCGGAGUCUGACCGUCAGUUCCAGCAGAUUCUGUCCAGCUCACUGGACCAGUAUGUACCAAAGUCUUCACAGCUGGCGUUCAGGGCUAGGGUGACUAGAAUGAUGGCCAAGUCUGGAAGACCAAUCAGAUUUGGAAGAAGAAAAUUAAAAGAAAAGGGACCCGGUUACACUUUGUCUCGCUUUCUGAAAGAGAGACAGAGGUGGCAUGAUAUACAAGAAAAUCUACCAUCAAGCUUCAAGUCUGGUGGGAAUGGGGAUCAGAAGAGAUUCCGCAAGACACCACCACUCCAAAGUCCAUCAGAAGAGGAGAGUAGCAUGGGGAACCAAAUGAUGCAUGGCAUGAAUUGGAUCCCUGGGAAUAAAUUGGGGUCGGAGGCCAGUGGCGUUCAGGUCCCAAUGCUUGCCUACCGACGCUCGAAGAGACAGGGACUUAGCUGUAAUCCACAUCCAUACUCAAGAAACCAGGACUCCUAGGUCUUCUCAACAAAAGCUGGCCAAAGAUUGUCAUGUUUAGAAUAGGGAUCAAUGAUGCUUUAAACACACUAGUUACUAUAUUUUUAUAGAGCACUGAAAAUUGUUUUUUAUAGAUAUGAUAUUAAUAUAUAUAUAGCAUGUUGACAAUUUUAAAGAGUAUCCCUUUUGUAAUUCCAUUUUAAAACAACAUAUCUGAAUGGCAGCAGAUUUUAUCAUGACAUAUGACAGAACUAUUUUGAAUGAAUCCAGCAAUCAUUUUAUUUUUAACUUUUAAGCUUAUACUAUUAUACAGGAAUGAAAAAAAAAAUCCUGGAGAUUUACCACCAAACUUGCAGAUAUUUAUCCUCGCAAACUUGUUGUGUGAUGUAAUGUACAUGUACAUGCCAAAUACUAGAAGGUUGAAUUCCUUGGAUAGUACUUAGUACAUGUACUGGUAAUAAAAUUUGGCUUCUGAUACUUAGUAGUUAAUGGUAAACAGGUAAUCUUUUUGCACCUGUAUGAAUCCUGAGGCUUGUAUACACAUGUACUACAUGUACUACAGGAACUUAGCAUUUCUUUUAUUACAAUAUUUUACAUUUUCUUUACAUUCAUGUAAAUUGUACAUCAUUCAU